AUGGCUGAAGAACAACUGUUUGCCCGUGAACGAGGGAAAGACGAGGCUCGCGGUUGCCCCGUUCCUCAUUAUAGCAUCAAAUCCGCCACCCAUGCCAUGAACGUAAUGGCUCUCUUAAGUCCAACAGCCCAUAGCCCAUCCUUUAUCAUGUCAAACGAAGUCAUCGAUCCGGAAGGAGACAUUGUGAUCGCCUGUUCGGAUAUCAGCUUUCUCGUCUCAUCCAAUGCACUAUCCCUCGCUUCGCCGGUGUUCUACGGUAUUUUCAAACCCGGAGUCAAGGAAGGGCUAGCGAUCAAGGGAAUACCUGGCAGUCUGGAACCUCCGGUAAUUCCGUUGCCGGACGAGGACCCCGGGACGUUUCGUCUCUUUUGCAACUUGGCACACCACAAACUACUUGAUCUCCCGGAAAGCCUUGAUGCGGACACUAUGAAGUCUCUGGCGGUUUUUAUUGUCAAAUACGCAUGUCGACCAGCUAUCAUCGACCGCGGUUGGCUUUGGAUUACAAGGGGCGAAGAACUUGCGCGAUUGUCGCCGGAAGACUGCUGGAAGGCGUUGCUAUUCACUUACGCGAUGGACCUUCCAGGGAGGUUCUCUUAUUUUUCCGGCAAGCUUUUGGCUGCGCGUCGCCAGAGCUUCAGCAGUUGGGACUACGCCUUGGACAACCUUGAGUUCAUGCCGCAUCACGUUUUAGAACAGUUUGAUAUCAAGCAAGCCUUGGUCCACUUCAAUGCUGAGACGGCCCUCAUGGAUAUCGUCUCCGUCGCCCAAAGUAGAUCCUCCAAGGAGUGCAGGAAACUGAAGAUGUUCCUCGGAUCCUAUUCGCAAGUACUGUGGAAGGCUGGUAUUCUACCUGGUAUGGUCGAGCUUCGCGACAAGACUCUCCCUCAAAUCAUGCGAUCCGCUGCGGAACUUCCGGUCAUCAACUAUAACCCUGGUUCGGGCGAUUGUGAUGGGUAUUACAACGAGUGUUAUUGCUCUUGUGCUGGUAAAGUUGAUAUCAAACAGCACCUGCUAGACAAAUUGAUGGAGUGCGCUGAGGAUGAGAAAGCCGGUUUAUGCUUGUCCUGUGUCAAACGUGAACCCUGCGAUCAGCACCCAACACCCCACAAGGAGGGCUCAACGUUCAGCACUGAAGAAAAAGAUGCUAGCGAUCCUGAGGGCUCAUGGGCCUUCGAGAGCUCCUAG